AUGUACGGUGGACGACUGAUACCACCACGAUAUUUUGGUGAAAUUACCAAUGAUCACAGCACACUUCGUUCUAGUAGAUCUCAUGAAAGUCUUCUUGGCUAUUCGACAACCAGUCAUAUGAUUGAUCUAGGUGCUCCAGAUGCUCGAGUUCAUUCAGUUCACCCUUCAGUUCUUGAUGUUCCAAAUUGUUUUAAAGUCGCAAAUACCUAUUAUGCUUGUCGAACACCUCAUGAAAGAAAUCAAUGGAUUGAAAAGUUGGUUGAAAUAUUCAUUAACAUGACUGCUUUUGCGCUAAUAAUUAACAGCUACGCAUGUAUGAUAGCCAAGCAAAGUUUUAUGCUGAUAAAAUUACCAUCAAGUUCUAUAAUUUAG